CAGACAGAGAAUAAACCUGAAAUCAGGAGCAAAGCCUCCUGCGUUGGACUUAAACCUAUCCACCAGCACCGAGUAAAGGAGCAGAGAGUCGAUCAUGAUAUCCAUGCCUCCAGUUAUGAAUGAUCAGCCCAGGAAUAGCUCAAAGCAGUCCUUCAGUUGGCUCUCCUCAGUCAGCAGCAACUCCUCGAUCACCACCUCUGAUCUACCCGAGGAAAUAGUCAAUCCCUGGGACAUCGCCCUUUGUGUGGUGGGCACUGUGAUCUCUUGCGAGAACGCCAUCGUGGUGGCUGUCAUCUUCUAUUCGCCGACUCUCAGAGCUCCGAUGUUUAUCCUGAUUGGGAGUUUAGCCCUGGCUGAUCUCCUCGGAGGACUGGGCUUGAUCCUCAAUUUUAUCUUCCUUUACUUGCUAAACUUCGAAGCCGCGAAACUAGUCUCGGCCGCGCUCCUGAUCGCUUCCUUUUCGGCUUCGGUCUGUAACCUGCUUGCCAUCACCAUUGACCGGUACCUGUCAUUGUAUAACGCCCUGACAUAUCACACCGAGAGAACCACGACUUUCACCUACUUGAUGCUGCUGGUUGUGUGGGUCACGUGCCUGAGCCUGGGCUCACUGCCGGUGGCGGGCUGGAACUGCCUGGAAGACGAGACCACCUGUAGCGUGAUCAAACCAAUCACCAGAAACAAUGCCGCAGUCCUCUCCGUCUCCUUUUUGCUCAUAUUCGCUUUGAUGUUGCAACUGUACGUUCAAAUCUGCAAAAUAGCCUUCAGGCACGCCCAGCAAAUCGCCGUGCAGUACCACUUUGUGGCGACCUCCAACACCUCGACCAGGAAAGGAAUCUCCACUUUAUCUAUCAUCCUGGGAACCUUCGCGGCUUGUUGGAUCCCCUUCGCGAUCUACUGUCUGGUUGCAGACUCCACUUAUCCAUUGAUCUACACCUAUGUCACGGUUUUACCAGCCACCUGUAAUUCAGUCAUUAAUCCUAUAAUUUAUGCAUACCGGAACCCUGAUAUCCAGAAAUCGCUCUGGGUGGCUUGCUGUGGUUGUAUUCCAUCCAAUUUUUCAUUCAGACCAAGGUCGUCCAGUGACGUAUAGUGUCUUCUCUUACGUGGGAUUUUAUUUUUCCAACAAUUAUUAUUUGUAUUUUUUUAAUUUUUUUACUGGAGCUAUUUAAUCAAAUCAUCCCUUAAUUAAAAUGUGAGAAAUGAGGAAGGUGUAUUUUUGAGAGUAAUAUUUUCGCAAUGUUAAUGGAGUAACAUUAUUAGCGCCCCCAGCGGUUUUCUGUAAAUUCAUUACGUAAAAUUAAAGCUGCAAUGUAUUGGACAGAGCAGAGGCAAAGCACUGUAUGUGUAGAAAUGUAUAUAGACAAUAUAUGGAUUACCGAAAUAACUCUGUGAGGGGAAAACAUACUUUUUAAGAUGUGGAACUAAGGGAUACUGGUGAAGACAGAAAUGUUGGAAUGUCUCAGUAAUCAAUUUCGGGGUUGUUCAGGAGAAACAAAUGGCAACUUUCCUCAGUUGAAAAACAAUGCCAGCAUGUGAUGCACUUUAAGCUACCUAAUUAGAGCCCCGCGCUCCAAAUGUCGUUAACUAUCUAUUUAUCAAAGACCUGUACAUCUAUAUCUAUCAUUAAUUCUGACGAAAGUUAAACUGUGAAUUGAUUUUCUCUUCAAUUCUUUGCCGCAGAUUUAAUCUCGAAACAAAUACAAAAACUGCAUAUUGUGGGAUAGGGUACCGUGAGUGUACUAGAUCGACAGUGAUCACUAGAUAUGGUAUAUAUUGCAGCCAAGAACGAAAUAUUCACUUAUUCUGCAGCAGAGCAAUUUGUUAAAAUGUACCUUUGUUCUUUAUUAUGUCUUUUCAAAAAGUUUCGUUAUAUUUAUUUCGAAAAUCUCUAUUUUUUUCACAUUGGAGAUCAAUACCUCAAAUUGUAGUCUAUUAUACACCAUGUUGCCGAAGUCCUGUGUUAACUAGAUAUUUCCCGAUGAAGGGACUGGCAUGAGAGUAAAAUCCAUUCAAAAUAACAGAUUUUCAAUAAAUAGUACAAUUUGUUUACUAGCCCGCACUACCGAAACAUUGGGUCAGAUCCUCUCCGGAAUUUCCGGGGCACUUUAGAGACAAUUGCCAAAGUAUUUUGCCAACAUUCCCUCUAAAAAGGAGUUUGACACCAAGCAUUUCAAUUCAGACAUUAUUUGCCAAUAGUUUAGAAACUAUUCGGGCAGAUUUGAUGGGACAAAGGUUUCCUUACCGUCCUCUAUCUUAAAAUUGCACUUUAUCAAACUAAGGUAUUUAAUAUGUAAUGCC